GUUAGGUCAUGGAAGCUCACACGGCGAACCGAACAUAGGCAUGGAUCAAAGCGGGAUUCAGACAGUACCCGUUGUGUCCCUGAACGCUGAUAUUCUCAUCCUCAUCGUCGAACAUAUAAGGGGACCCCAGUACGACGGAUCCGAUCUUCUCGUUCGCAGCACUUUAGCUGCGCUAGGAAGGACAUGUAAAGCUAUCUCAAAGACCGCAUUGAACGCUCUAUGGAGCUCCCUACGAGAUUUCAGACCCAUCCGUCAUCUCUUGAAAUGCGCCGCUGAGGGGUGUAGGCCACCUAAAAAACAAGCAGAAAUCAAGACUACGCAGUGGAGACUGUUCGCAAAAUACAGACAUCGUGUCCGAUCCAUUGCCAUUCGCGCUCGUCCCAGCACGAAAUUCGAUCUGUUCUUCCUCGCAUUUCGCGGCCAUACCCCUGUAUUUCCCAACCUUGAGCGACUUUACUGGUCGAUAUCCGACAUGAACGACAUCAUACUUCUUCGCGCAUUUAUCGCUCCUGGCCUUCACACACUAUCCAUCACAUCCAGAAUACCCAUCCCAGACGUCUUUCCCAUCGUCACGGACCUCGAAUCGGACGAACUCUACGCUAACACCAUGGGAGAAAUCUGCGAGGUUGCCUCUGGACUGCGCAAACUUUCGCUCCAUCAGUUCUGGCCCUUUAGUCAUGACAGCAGCAGGCUUAUGAUGCAAGCAAUAUCGACCAACGCACAACAACUGGAAGAGCUCUGCGUCGACACCACGCUAUUGGCGAGCCCAUAUACUCUCCAUGACCUUUCAUCUCUCCCACGCCUGCAUACCUUGUCGAUACGCGAUUUCUGUUCGCUCAGCCACUACCCGCCGGUCGUUUUCUUCAAACCGGUCGAGGAAGGUUUCUCCUCGCUUCACACCCUUCGACUUGCCCUCCCAAUUCGUUAUGCCCAUGAUGUACUCCACGGUCUACCCCGUUGCUCUCUUACCACUGUAUCCGUCGUUUCCAAGACUUUUGGCGGUUAUGUCGAUCUCGAGCAGUUCUCGCAUAAAUUUGGGGACACACUUUGGGACGUCCACCUCUGCGUGGACUGCCUCAAUCCCGAAAACAAGACAAGUCUUUCCAUGGACCAUCUCGCACCGCUCACGUCCCUCAAUCUCGCCCACCUCCACUUAAAUUGCUCCCUCCUCAUGAGCGACGACGUUUGCGCUCAACUAGCGCUCUCUCUGCCGCGCAUAGAGACUCUGAGCCUCCGAACGAACCUACGAACAUCAAGGACCGAGGACGCGGAUAAAGUCACCACGCUCCAAGCACUUGUACCCUUCGCUCACCACUGUCGCAAACUCCGAGCGUUGACCAUCGGGACUCAGGUCAUAUUCGAAGAAUGGGGAUACAUCGAACUUCCUGCGGAUUACUCGCCCUCGCCGCUAAAGGAACUGAAUCUCAGUGUGAGGGCACCGCAGGACAUGCUCAUUGAAGGCGUGGCGUUCUUCAUCAUGCGUUUGUUCCCCAACUUGGAGUUGGUUGGCCCUGGCCCUGAGAAUGGGAGCAGUGGCGAUGUGAAAGGUUUGCUUGGACUGAUCGCAAACGCAGUGGGUGUCUUUUAA